CGCUCUCUCUCUCUCUCUCUCUCUCAUCGUAAUCCCUAAUCCGUUGUCCGGGGCAGUCCCGCCUCUCGGUCUUCAGCCUCGAGAGCUUUCGAAUUCGUUCGCCUCCCCGUUUGGAUCUCCCUCGGCCCCUCCGCUGUCGGCCAGGACUCGCGCCAAAGCCCUUUAAUUCAACAUCUUAUGGAUGACAUUGAGGAAAAUGUUGUGGAAGAAGAGGUCCCGGUAGAAAGUGGAAACUCACACGAAGUGAAACAAGAAACUGAUGGUCAGUUGGAAGCAGAGUCUGGUGAAAAGAAGUGGCCUGGGUGGCCAGGAGAGAGUGUUUUCCGCAUUUUGAUUCCUGCUCACAAGGUGGGCAGUCUCAUUGGCCGCAAAGGAGAGUUCAUCAAAAGAAUGUGUGAGGAAUCAAGAGCUCGGAUAAAGAUUCUUGAAGGACCUCCUGGAGUGCCAGAAAGGGCAGUAAUGAUUUCAGCAAAAGAGGAACCAGAUGCUUCCAUUUCUCCUGCUAUGGAUGGUCUGCUUAGAGUUCAUAAACGGAUAAUUGAUGGUUUAGACGGGGAAUCUGGUCAUGCUCCAUCAGGUGCUGGUAACACAGCGGCCACAAGAUUGCUUGUGGCAGCUACACAAGCAGGAAGCCUCAUUGGUAAACAGGGAGCAACAAUAAAAUCCAUUCAAGAGGCUUCUAACUCCAUUGUCCGCAUUCUUGAAAAUCUACCUCCUGUUGCUCUGUCAGAUGAUAGAGUUGUUGAGAUACAAGGAGAGCCCACUGGGAUGCAUAAAGCAGUGGAACUAAUUGCAACCCAUUUAAGGAAGUUUCUAGUUGAUCGUAGUGUUCUUCCUUUGUUUGAAAAGCGUGUGUCGUUGCCAAAUAUGCAUAUGGAGCAGAACAUGCCUCCACCUCAACCUUGGGGCCACCCUCCAGGCCUUCCCCCAAGUGCUGGUGGUUCAGCUUAUGGUGGCAAUCCUCAAUUCAUGCCUCCACGAGCCCAUGAUAAUUUUUAUCCUCCACCCGACCUUCCCCCAUUAGAGAAGCAACCGCAUCAAGGAAUUUCCAUGUAUGGACAAAAUGCACCGCCAAUGGGUGUCCACUCAGCAAAUCAACAGGCAUCAUCAAUGAUUUCUCAGGUUACACAGCAUAUGCAGAUUCCACUUUCUUAUGCUGAUGCUGUGAUUGGAGAAGCUGGUGCAAAUAUUAGCUAUAUCCGUCGUGCUAGUGGGGCGACCAUAACCAUACAAGAAACAAGGGGGGUCCCUGGAGAGAUGACUGUUGAGAUUACUGGGAGUGCGUCACAAGUUCAAACUGCCCAGCAGUUGAUACAGAAUUUCAUGGCUGCAGCUCCAUCUCCAGCUCCUUCACAGAGCUCGAUGGGUUCCAUGGAUCCAGGUUAUAAUUCUUACCAACCGCAUGGUCCCAUGUAUGGAUCUCCUCCAUCGAACACUGGUCCUGUGGCCCACUCUGGAGGAGGAUAUGGUUCAACCUACGGUGGCAGUUAUGGGUAUUAGGAUAUUUGAGAGGCUUAUUGAGCUGAUAUUAUGUUCUCAUUGGAGUUACCCCUUAGAAGAGUAUAUUCUUACAUAGAUUUAUGCUGUGAUUUUACUUGGCGACCUUUAGCAACUUCAGACCUUAUUUCUGGCUGUACAUUUAGCCACCAUAAAUCAUUUUACAUCUCUUUGUUUCUUCCAGUACGUCCUACUUUUGAAUCUGAUAUUGAACAUAUUAUUUAUUUCUGAUGGUUUUUAUCCC